AGAGAGAGAUACCAGGGCAAACUUGCAGCAGGCCCCUGAGCAUGUGCGGAAAUGUUGUCAUCAGUUCCACAGAGAAAGACUCGGUGGAAAUCAAAGAAGACAGUAAAAGUCACAAGAUCUUUUCCAACCUUCCCUUCCCUGAAUGCCUGGGAAGAAGUCAGGGGCCUCUUGCCUGUGGAUGGGGAGCCAAACCCUGGAGUGGGCCUGGGUGUGGAGGAGGGACUGCUCUGCCAGAUGCUUCAUUCUCCAGAAUUCAACCUAUUUCCUGACUCAGUGGUGUUUGAAAGCAACUUUGUCCAGGUCAGAAAGGGCAGGAACUGGAUAGACAUCUACAAGGCCUCCAACACCAUGGCCCUUGGGGUAACCUCCUCUGUGCCCUGCCUGCCCCUUCCCAAUAUCCUCCUCAUGGCUAAUGUCAAAUGGCACCAGGGACAGAGCCAGACAUGGAACAGACCAUCUAUGGCCCCAAACAUCAAGCUGAAGAGGAUCCUCCCAUUGAAGUUUGUGGAGUUCCAGGUCUGUGACCGGCUUCAACGCAUCCUGCGUUUGAGGACAGUCACCGAGAAGAUCUACUACCUAAGGCUCCACCCUGACCAUCCUGAGACUGUCUUCCACUUCUGGAUCCGACUGGUUCAAAUUCUGCAUAAGGGCCUGUCCAUCACCACCAAGGACCCUAGGAUUCUUGUCACUCACUGUCUGGUACCCAAGAACAGCUGCAGCCCCUCGGGAGACUCUAACUCGGUAGAGAAGAAACCCCAAGCCUCCCAGCCCAGCGAGAGCCUCAUGCAGCUGAUGGCCAACGGGGAGAGUGAGGCGCUCUCUCAGAUUUUUGCCGACCUGCACCAGCACAAUGAGUUCAGUUCCAGGAGCAGCAAAAAGACACAGACCAAAAGGGACAGCUCAGAGAAAGAUACUCACAGUGAAGACGGCAUCCCUUGCACCCGCGACCUCAGUUGGAGAGAUUCGCUCACUUAUGGAGAGUGGGAAAGAGAGAACCCCUCUGGGCCACAGCCCCUUUCACUCCUCAGCACCCUGGCAGCCUCCACGGGGCCACACCUGGCCCCACUCAUAGGAAAUUCUAUUUGAACCACCUUUUCGCACUGGGGAGAAUCUAUGCAGCCCUCGCCAACGCCAUUCUGCAGCAUUCAGCUUUCUGAGGGACUCUGUCUGGAUGUAGGGGAGAAGAAAGCUACAACUAAGGAAAAACUAGACUCAUCUCACGCUGAUAGCAUAGCCUUUCCUUGGAGAACCAC